AUGUGUGUGUCAUGUUGGCCCGCGACCCUCUCCACCGCCACGCUCUCUCUUCCCUCCUUGUUGGCGGGCGGGGCCGCCGCGGUUCCUUGCCCAGGAUCCUUGCAUUUCACAAUAGCAUUGGAUGAUAAAAUCCCAGCUGAACUCGAAAAGUUGAAGAACAUGGAAGUGUUCAAGGAUUUGUUGGCUGCAUUCAAAACUCUGAAACCACACUUCGAUCGGUUCAAUGGCACUGUGUCCAUGGAUAAACAGGUCAAACAAAUUGAGACUGAUUUCAUUAAGACGAUAAACGAUUAUAUUGGUGACUCCACUGGCUUCUUGACAAUGCUUCAAAACCUUCACAAUAUAACCGAGCUGAAACUGGUGGACGAUGCGAUCGGAGCCCUUCGGAAGUAUCGUGGAGUGUCCAUCGAAAGUUUUGAUCCAGUUGCAACAGAGAUUAAAGAUGUGAGAUCUAAGAUAAAAGAUUUCAAGGAGAAGAUUGGAGAGAUGAAGGAUACUGGAAAUCCGGAAGCGAAGAUGUUGGUGCAGGAAUCGGAUGUCUCCAAGGAUUCAGAAAAUAUUGGAUCGGCAACUCGUGUCUUCAGUAAGAUAAAGUCGUUGUUGGAAUCUGAUGGAAUUGUGAUAGUGGAUUCGUUGGCCAAGCCAAUAAUUGAGAAUUUCCUGAAUUCUGGACAGUUAGAUCCGACGGAACAAAAGAAACUGCAACAGCUUCUUCAAUUGGAUGGGGAGCUGGACAAGUUGUCGACUACACUCAAAACUCUUCAGCUGAGUCCAGUUAUUGCUGCGACCGAUGCAAAUCUGUCUAGUUUCUCCCCAGUUUACAAUCUAGCUGGCAAAAUCAAUGGACUUCAAAGUGACUUCUAUGGAAUGGCUGGAUCCGUGGACAAGUUGGCUCAGGGUAACCAGGAACUUCUGAAGGUCAAAAAGCAGUUGGAACUGUUGAACGCCAUUGGUCUGGACUUUACCAAGCAUCACGAAGCCAUCACGGGAACCCAAAAGUCAUUGGAAACGAUGGAUUUGUUCUUCGCCUCUUUCGCAAAGAAGAUAAAUCCACCACCACCUCAAACAAGUCCGAGUGGACCUCUGAAAAAUGAAGCUGUUUUAGAAGAGGAGUUGGAUUCAGAAAACUCGAUGUCUGUGACAGGGUGA